AUGAGUCCAAAAGACAUAAAAACAGGCCACCGUGGCAGCCACAGUCAGCUCAUCACUCUGGAUGGGAACCUGGGCAUGAUCCUGUUGAUCCUGCUGGACUCCCGUCUCCACACUCCCAUGUACUUGCUCCUCAGUCACCUGUCUCUGGUGGACUGCGUUUAUUCUUCAGCUAUCACUCCCAAGGUCAUGGCGGGGUUUCUCACAGGAGAUAAGAUCAUUUCCUACCAUGCUUGUGCAGCCCAGAUGUUCUUUGCAGCCUUUGUCACUGUUGAGAGUUUCCUGCUGGCCUCAAUGGCCUUGGAUCGCCAUGCAGCCGUGUGUAAGCCCAUGCACUACACCACCACCAUGACGAGCACUGUGUGUGUCCUGAUGGUCACCGCCUCCUAUGCCUGUGGGCUUCUGCAGGUUUCUGUCCAUAUAGCCUUCACUUUCCAUCUCUCCUUCUGUCGUUCCAAUGUGAUCAAUCACUUCUUCUGUGACAUUCCCCCACUUCUGGCUCUUUGUUGCUCUAAUAUCUACACAAACAAGAUUGUGCAUUUCACGUUGGCAAGAUUUGAUAUUUUUUUCACUCUCUUGGUCAUCUUGAGCUCUUACCUGUUCAUUUUGGUUGCUAUCCUGAGUUUGCAUUCCUCUGAGGGACAGAAGAAGGCCUUCUCCACCUGUGGGUCCCACCUCACAGCUGUUUCCAUCUUCUAUGGAACCAUCGUCUUCAUGUACCUACAGCCCAAUUCCAGUCACUCCAUGGACACAGAUAAAAUGGCAUCUGUGUUCUACAUGAUGAUCAUCCCCAUGCUGAACCCCCUGGUCUACAGCUUGAGGAACAAAGAGGUCAACAGUGCAUUCAGGAAGGUUGUUGGAAAAGCAAAGCCCUCACUAGGCUUAGUCUGUUGA